AUGGGGUCUGUUUCCAACCAGCAGUUUGCAGGUGCGAAGCCGGGCGAGGAACCGGCUGGAGAUUCACCCAAGGCUGAAAACGAACCCCAACCCCUACACGGCUCCGGCAUCUGUAAGUGGUUCAAUGUCCGCAUGGGAUUCGGUUUCCUCUCCAUGACCGCCAAGGGCGGCGCGACCCUCGACUCCCCCGUCGAUGUCUUCGUGCACCAGAGCAAGCUCCACAUGGAGGGUUUCCGCAGCCUGAAGGAGGGUGAAGCUGUCGAGUUCACCUUCAAGAAAUCAUCCAAAGGUUUGGAGUCCAUCCGAGUCACUGGCCCAGGGGGUGUUUUCUGCAUUGGGAGCGAGAGGAGACCCAAGGGCAAGAGCCUCCAGAAACGCAGAUCCAAAGGAGAUCGAUGCUACAACUGUGGCGGGCUGGACCACCACGCCAAAGAGUGCAAGCUCCCACCGCAGCCCAAGAAAUGUCACUUCUGCCAGAGCAUCAGCCACAUGGUCGCCAACUGCCCCUCGAAAGCACAGCAGUCCCCCAGCUCCCAGGGCAAACCCGGCUACUUCCGAGAGGAGGAGGAGAUGCACAGCUCAGCCCUCCUUCCCGAAACCCGGGAAUGA